AUGGGUGAAGACAAAGCUCCUCUCCCCAUUGGGUUUGCGGUGUUCUCGGUUCAUUUGACCACCAUCCCCAUCACAGGAACAGGCAUAAAUCCGGCCAGGAGUCUUGGAGCUGCCAUCGCCUUCAACAGAGACCAUGCAUGGGAUGACCACUGGAUCUUCUGGGUAGGACCCUUCAUUGGAGCUGCUCUGGCUGCCCUUUACCACCAGAUUGUUGUCAGAGCCCUUCCUUUCACAUCCAGGGCCUAAUCAGUUUGCUGCAUCUUUGUUUAUCAUCCAACUUGUCUCGUUUUUUCACCCUUUUUUCCUUCACUUUGUUGUUGUGUUCUGUUGUUAUCUUGAUGUGGACUUGGUUCUCAGGUGUUGAUUGUGUUUGUAAAUUAUCUGUAUGUAAGCCUGUGGCGGCUUAUGAAUGAAACUAGUUUAAGCUACUAGUUACUUUCA